AGUGCAUCCAUCAGCGUCAGUGUCAUCAUCAGAUCCCAAAGUGAAAACAAAUUGACGCUCGCUCACCAGCAGAAAAUUCAAUUCCCAAGCCGAUUUGUACGAGAAUUCCACCCGCCGCCCCUCGAUGGACAUCGUUCCCGAAUCGUGCCGGCUGUGCCUGUCGGCCAGCGAACCAACCAGCCCCAUCUACGAGCGCCUAACGCUGGCGGAAAUCACCGAACUUCUGCUCGAUACGUUGGGCAUUCAGAUUUCCAACGCCGAGGACUACGCUAACAUUUGCAACGGGUGCGAAAUGAAGGUCAAACUGAUGUACACCAUCUACAACGAGUUCCGGCAGGCGGAUAAGCUUUUCUGUUCAUUUUUAGAUACCAAACGAUCGGAAAUGGCACUGAUGGAAGAGGAUAAAACGUCGAUCAGUAUCGUAACUGUUCUGCCUCUGGAAACCAUAAGGGAAGAUAAAGUAGAGACCGAAUGCGAAAUGGCCACGGACGUUAGGGACGGUAACGAAAAUGAAGAUAACGUUCAGAGAACCACAAGUCUGACCAUCUCCAAACAGGAGUACGAAGACAGUGACGAUCAAGACUAUGUAGAUGUGUCGUUCCCGGAUCCGGAUUAUUCCAGCGACGAGGACAAGCCUUCCACUUCGAAGCUUCUAUCCUGCUACAUAUGCAAGGACUUCAACGGAACGAAGCGAGCUCUUGUCUCGCAUCUUCAGAACGAUCACAGCCCCCUGUUGCCAUACUAUUGCGAUCGAUGCCUCGUGGGAUUUGACGAGGAUUUGAUAGCGGUUAAUCUACACUUCCAAUCGCACGAUUUGCCCUACGGAUGCCUCUUCUGCGAAGAUCUAUUCUCUACGGAAGAGGAACUGGAAGCUCACAGCAAAUCCUGCAUAGGGUAUCAAUGUUCGCACUGUCUAGACUACUUCCAGGUCGUUCAGUAUCUCAAAGAGCACGACUGCAAAUCCAGCAAGAACCAACGGGUUCGUGUCCUUACCAAAAUGGUCGGACCGCUUCGUAAUAUGAACCGGUACAUUCCGCACGUCUGUGGCAUGUGCAACGAGGACAUGGGCAAGAACGACCGCUUGGCGUACCAUUUCGAGCGGGAACACAACAACUGCCAGUUGCAAUUGUUCAGCUGUGAUAUCUGCCCGAAAAAGUUCACUAUGCUGCUUGCGGCCAGACUUCACCGGAUCUCGCACAAGAGUUACCAGGUCAAGCAGCGGAAGCCAGUCGUCCAGGAGCGCAACGAGUGCUCGAUCUGUUUGCGCGAGUUUCGCUUCAACAAGGAACUGCUGGCCCACAUCGAGGCCGAACACGCCGAGUCCGGAGUGGAGUUCCACCAGUGUAGCAAGUGCGAGCGGAAGUUCACCUCGGAGGCGAAACUGCAGAAGCACGACUACAACACCCACCAGGGCAAACAGCCGCAGUUCUUCUGCUCCUACUGCGGCAGGGUGUUCAACAAGAAGCUGGGCUUGAGGGAUCACGAGAAUUUGCACCGCGGCAUCACGGAGUACCAUUGCAAGGAUUGCAACAAGAACUUCACCUACAAAAGCACUUACGAUCGCCAUAUGCAAGUGGUUCAUAGUGAUGCCAAGGAGUUCACUUGCGAAUACUGCCACAAAAGCUUCAAGCGAAAACCCACCCUCAAGGUGCACCUCCGGCUGCACACCGGUGAGAAACCGUACCAGUGCGAGUACUGUAGCCGGCGGUUCGUCGAUCCCAGCUCGUUUCACAAGCACAAAACCAAGGAGCACGGUUGGAAGAGCAGCUUCCACGCCUAAGACUUAAGAUAAAUUAGUAUAAGAAAACAGCGCUGGAGGUAAGUCUCGCGGAACUCGCACUAUACCACGAAAGGAAAUGAACGUCGAAAAUCUAUUCAAAUAGCUUAGGUUCAAUACUCAGUUUUAGCGGGUUUUGGACUUGUGUCGUCGAUAUGCAUGCCCUAUUGUUGUUCCAUCAAAAUUUAUACAUUUGCUAGAAUGACUAGGGGCCCUUCCUUAGCCGAGUGGUUGGAGUCCGAUAUACGAAUGCAAAAAUGGCAACUUUGGCAAAGAAAGCUCUCAGUUAAUAACUAAGUGCUCAUAAGAACACUAAGCUGAAUAGCCGGCUCUAUCCCAGUGGGGACGUUAACGCCAUGAAGAAGAAGAGUCUUGCUGUUCUGAUGAAGCGUGUCUUUUAGAUGAAUUUCUAGCAAACUCUCAUUUCCACGUUCUCGUAUAGUGAUUUUAGGUAUGCAGCAAUCAGGAUUAGUCUGUCAUAUAAUAAGCAUGAAAAUCUAAAUCUUAUCUAGAUUAGAUACGGUGGUUCUAUCUACUUAAAAUAGAUUUUAUAUCCAGUA